CUGGACGCGCUGGCCUUUCUACGCUUCUUGGCUUUUGCAUUUCUAGGCUUACCAGCGGUCCUCUUCAAAGGCGCCUUGUUUGCAUUUGGUCCGUCUUCUGUCGAUCCUGGACCUGAUGUAUUUGAUGUGCUUGGAAAGGAAAGGAGCCACUCAUCCUGUGGAGCUUCAAUAUUUUGUUGCUGUGCAUGCUAAUGCAAAGAAGAGGCAUUUUUCUGCAGGGCUGCAUUCUCCAGGACACUGAAACACACAAUGGAGGAUUCCGAAGAUUUCUCCCUUUGUGGUAAAGCGGCUGUCACCGAAGCCAAUCUGAGAGAUGAGUACUACUGGAAGCUCGUUGCAGACUUCAUUGGUCCUCAGUCUGGAGAAGAGUUAGAGCUCGAACAGGCACCAUGCAAGAACAGACUUUUGAUUCAAGUCGGACUAAUGAAAGAAGACAAUAAUUUCCCCUGGGUUGCCAUUGUAAAUUGGCUCCAGAAAAUCUUCCCCCGGCAUCGGUCGACUGACUUCCGCCGUUUGAUCGAAAGAAGCAUCGCAACAACAUUGAGUCUGGGAACAGACGCGAGGCUGGCCUUCCUGGAGUCAGACGUCAACUUUAACUUUGUUGGCCCGAUCUGUGACAGCAUCGGAGUGGAACGACAACAUCUUUUGGAAAUGAGGGAUUUUUCCGAGCGAGCGCAGUCAAUUGAGGUCACAAACGGAUUGAUUCUUGAGUUGUGCAACUUUAUCACCAGAGAGAAAGUCUCGCCAAUUGUUCUAGUUAGUUGGCUUAGAAACUUCAAUCCUGAGUUUUGUAAGAAUGGAAAUAUUCAGAAUGAAUUUAAAAUCCUGAGGCCCAGGAUAAAAAAGUUAAAACUGCAUUACCGCAAUCAUGAAACAAGGAGUCACAGGAGGAAUGCAGCGAUGGAAACUCUUCUUCAGAGUCCAUUUGAACUAGUGCAAAAAAAGGAGCCAAAAUUUAUUGUGAAGAAACGCAUGAGAAAAGAUGACGCCAUCAAUUAUGAAAAAGUUGUUGUCAAGGAGGAGUACGAGAUGUAUGAAAUCAUGCAAGAUGAGGAGUCUGAAAUGAACAGAGGAGUUGUAAAGAGAAUAAUAUUGAAAGAUGCCUCUGCACACGAAGAAAGUAAUGAGGAUUUGGAGAGCAGUGCAGACGAGACCACAGAUAACAAACAAGAGGCCCUGACUCUGCUUGACAUUGCAAUGCUGUCAGUCCAAAAGCUGUCCAGUGUGUACGGUGGGAAAACUGAAGCGUGCAAGCAAGUUUGCUUAGAUCUCCUCAAAAAUCAGUACGCUCUAACAUGCAAGGAGCAUCCAGCCAUGACCGAGUUUGAGAAAAAACUUGACACACUCUGUGAGGAAAUUUCACUUGUUUAUCCCGUGGUGUUUUUAAACCUCAACGCCAGUUUCCUCGUCGGGGUGCAUGACGCAGUGGAGCAGCAGAUCAUGAGUUUUGAAAAAGAGAUCAUUCUCACCACGGGAGAGAAACUGGGCCGCGACAAGCUCCCGAAAUUCAAGAACUUCGUGAAUUUCACAGAAAGUGCCACAUUGCGCUACAUCCACAUGGCUUGUGAUACCUUGAGCUCAAGCAACCCUGGCACAAAAAACUACAAGAAACACUGGCUAGCUUUCUGUGAGGAAAAGAAGAACCCAUCCAGGCUUGAAGUGAAUCAGUCAAAUCGAUUCAAGAACUACUUUGAAGCCGCAGCGGGUCUUAUCCACCAUCACAAAGAGAUGGCUCUAUUCUUCUCUGAUUUGUUGUCAAUGAGCAACGACGAAUGCCCCAACAUCCUUCUGGAGUGUGUCGACGCUGAUGCUAAAGACCCUGUGAUUCAGAGCCUUGUGUGUGUUCUGGCCAUUGUUUACUGCAAGAUCCUCGGCCCUUACUGGCAGCUCCUGAAAAGCGGAGGAGAGUACUCGCUCUUCAGCCAGUACUUACUCGGCCUCUACCAGAAGUUCCUCGACUGGUCCAAAGAUCCGUCAACUCUGCUGGAACCUGAAGGGGACACAAAUGUUUUCCUGCAGUCCCCCAUGCAGGAGAAAACUUUCGAUGGGGUUUUUCAUUUCUGUGGCCAGUGGCACACAAACAGGGAUAUGAUCAGAGCUUGUUUAAAGAGGGUUAUAAAGGUGAUUGCUGCUGUCACGGAUGAACACCUAAAUGAUUUCCUGCCAGGGGGGACCUUUUCUAAAGUCCCUUCAAAAGAAUUGAGCUCCCAACUCGUAAGUUGCACCUUCUCUGUCUUGAUGGCGGAGUAUCCCUUCAGCCAUGUUGAGCCUAACAAGGCGAAAAAGCCUGCCAAGUCCUCCAAACGCUCCUCACGGAAAAACCAUGAUAGCUCUCAGGAAUGGGAUGACAGAUUUGGAUCAUCUGACGGCAGCUCUGAUGAAGUUCCCAAAAGGCCACCUAAAAAGAAACCCCAUGCUGCCUUAACAGAUGCCUACAGUCCGCCAAUGAAGAAAUGUCACAGCGGUCAAACAGAACAGGAAGCAAAAAAGAGCGAAGAGAUUGAGGAGAACAUGGACAGGGAUUACGUAAUCGCUACAGUGAUGAAACACGGAGGGCCGUGCAAGACGCAGCAGGACGUCGACAAAAUGAUGCUGCGCUUCGAUGGAAAACCCCGAGCGGAGAAACGGGAAGCAGUCCGUUGUGAGAUACUGUAUCAGAAAAUGAUUCUGAACAACACAGACCCAAACCUGUACUGUACGUACCAAAACAGCACACAGAUGGUGUUGAAGCUGAAGCUCUCUCUCCCUCGUGUUAAACCCGGGUACUCUCUUGUUUUGGCGCCUAAAAAGACAAAACCAAAACCUGUGUUCACAGAGGAACUGGAUCCUGUGAUCGGUUUGGAGUGAAAAAAGCUGCACAUGAUUCUAGAAAGUGAGAUAGGGGGAUGAUUGCGUUAACAUGUGACUUUCUCAUUUGAUUUUUUUUUACAUUUGCAGACUAAGCAGAAAUACACACAAUGACCUCAAUCUUUCCUGAAAACAUAUUGUAAGAUUCUGUAUAUACCAGAAGCAGCUUAUAUGUGUGUUACAUGCUAUGUUAACUCCAAUAGCUGAAAUUAUAUCAAUUCUUUAUAUGAUGAAUUUGCAUUUUUCUAUAUUGUAAGACCUCUUUCAAGAAAGUGUUUUUUGUUGCUGAGGAGAAAACUUUUUGUACCCAUUUUGAUCAUGCAGAUAUCAGACUAAAAUUAUGUUGCAUAACCACUGACAAAAUAAACACCUUUUGUUCAUA